AUGUAUCUCUCCCUGACCAACAUCAUCAAAACGUUCUUCACCGGAGGCUACGCCGACAAGAAACCACCAGCAUCCGCCAUUUCCAAUGAGGACCACACGUACAAAAAGGGUGACAUCGAACAUCGUGGUCCGUGUCCUGGAUUGAACGCACUAGCCAACCAAGGAUACCUCCCCAGAGACGGCCAAAACAUCACCCUCGCCCAGGUCCAACACGCCCUGCAGACGGCCCUUCACAUGGACUGGCUCGCGGCGGCUUCCCUGGUCUCAUCCCUCCCUCCCCUCCUCCGGGCCGACGGCACUUUCGACCUGGUCGACACUCGCCGCCACAACGUCAUCGAGCACGAUUCGUCCUUCACCCGCCUCGACUUCCACCAGGGGGACAAUUAUACCUUGAGGCCGGAAAUGUUACAGGCAAUGAUCGACGACGCAGGCGGGAAUGACGAACCCGUGACUCUGCGUUCGCUCGCCCGGACCUUCCAACGGCGUGACCGGGAGAGUCGAGCCUCCGGUGCCCCCCGACUCCCACUGAACUUGUGGUUCGUCAGGGUCCUUCAGGCCGUCGGGGUCAUGAACACGGCCCAGACGGGAGGCAUCUUGACCCCUGAAUUGUUGCACGCCGUCUUCGUCGAGGAAAGAUUCCCCGAAAUCAUUUUGGAAAACCCGACCCCUCGGACCGUCUUCACCUUGUUGGGGAACGCUUUGGGUAUGAUGAGAUAUGUGAUUUUUGGGUCGUGA